GUUUGCGGCCGAUCAGCUGUUCUAGUGGAAGGGACUACACGAUUGUAACAGUGAUUAUACGAAGCUGUCAGUGGCUGAAAGGACGAAUGCCACUAUAAUAUAUCGUCAAAAUUACACCCCAGUCUCUUUCGAGACCUUGACAACAUAAGGAGCGUCAGUUCAAAUUUUUCCUAAGCUGUAUGAUGUAAUGUGGAACUAAAGAGCUGCUGACUAAAAUGGGUUUUAAUCACCACUCAGAAGAAGCAGAAGACAAGAAAGAUGAAGAAGAUGAGAGAGAAGGGCAAUCCGGACCUCCAGAUGGAGGAUGGGGUUGGGUAGUGAUGCUGGGUUCUCUGAUGUGUAACGUAAUAGUUGAUGGCGUAUGUCUCACAUUUGGAGUAGUAGCAGAGGAACUGACACGAGAGUUCAAUGUUCCAAUCUCUCAAGUGAUCUGGGUCGGUUCUUUACUGACUGGGAGCUACCUGACCGUUGGCCCAUUGGUGAGUGCCAUGGCAGUGAGGUAUGGGUGUCGGAAGGUGACUAUAAUAGGCAGUCUUGUAGCUUCCGGAGCAUUCUUACUUAGUACGCAGUCGAACAGUCUAGAGAUGCUCAUAAUUACAUACGGUUUACUUGGUGGUAUUGGGUUUGGAAUGAUCUAUUUGCCAUCAAUUGUGAUGGUGGGAUAUUGGUUUGAGAAAAAACGUGCCUUUGCUACUGGAAUAGCAGUUUGUGGCUCAGGAAUCGGAACAUUUGUGUUUGCCCCAUUCGGUCGCUACUUAUUAGAUGAAUACGGUUGGAGGGGUACGAACGCCAUCAUGGCAGGGAUUAUAUUGAACUGUAUGGUUUGUGGAGCUUUAUUUAGACCACUGCAAAAGCGUGGUAGUAAAAGGGCUAAAAGAGGUGUUGUGCAGCGUGGUUCUAUCAUGAAGGCGUUGAUUGAAGAGAAAAAACGACAGAGAACAAUUUCAAACGGUUCACUAGAUAACUGUAUCAUCACGAAGGACAAUAGACUCAUCAAACUCGACCCGGCACUUUUUGACGCGAAGAGCAGAAACAAUUCGCUUGUGGCCAGAUUAAAAGAAUCUUUGGGAUUCAGUACAAAGAGUUUGAACAAAAGUCAAAAGAGCCUAGUCAUACCGAGUAUUUUAAUUGCAAACGGUUCACCACAGAUGACUAAACCCAUCUAUAAACCUGGCAUUAAAUCACCCACUAAGCCUGCGUUAUCCCCUAGUAGUGACAGUGGUUGCAGCACCUCGCUUGAUGCUAUAAUUAAAGCCAGGAGUUGUGACAUGAUACCUCAGAAUGACCCAUGGUCAAAACUCUCGAUAGAAAACUCGUUAAAUAGAAAAAGUCUGAGUUAUCACAACGUGAAUCAACACUCCGUGAUGACAUCCGGUUUAGGGGCCAGUUUAAUCAGUAUUCAGGUGAUUCCCAACUCUUCUGUAGCCGCAACUCAAAGUCGUACUAGUCUUCAACACCUUAACAAUCGCUUAAUCAGAUCCAGUAGAUCUAUGUCAUACAGUAGUCGCCUAACGAAUCCAGCCACUAUUGUCAGUGGUAGUGUAAUGAGCAUUCCCCAAUACAGUGCAAGUGUACAAAGUUUUGACUCGGAGAUGAACGAUGGGAGGUCUAUUUCUUCUAAGAUUAUUAGUGUGUUGAAGGAAAUGUUUGACUUUCACUUGCUCAAAAGCCGAAUGUUUUCCCUUUUAGUUUUUUCGAGCAUUUUAACUAUGUUAGGCUUUUUUGUACCAUUUUUCUAUCUCGUCAAAAAAGCCUCCGAAAUUGGCGUUGGUCAGAAAGAAGGGGUGUUUUUAUUAUCCAUUAUUGGCAUGACAAAUACAUUGGGUCGAGUGAUAAGUGGUUGGAUAGCUGACAGACCUUGGGCUGAUCCUUUGUAUAUUAACAAUGGAGCACUCAUAUUAACAGGAGUAGCAACAGCAGUUUGUCCUUUCUUUAACAGUUAUAUUGGACUGGCAUUUUAUUCCGCUGUAUUUGGAAUCGGUAUAGCUGUUUUUGUGUCCUUGAGAUCGAUUCUUCUGGUGGACUUGUUGGGCCUAGAAAUGUUGACCAAAUCAUUUGGUAUUCUCAUAUUGUUUCAAGGUAUUGCGUCAAUUGCUGGUUCGCCUUUAACAGGUCGAUUGAUAUGCGCAACAUCCAAUGUUGAUGGAACCUUUUAUCUUGCCGGUGCAUUGAUAGCCGUCUCGGGGGUCAUGGGAAUACCUCUGCGUCUACUAAAGUCGUGGGAUGAGGCUAAACUGCCACCACCUCUCCCAGAAGAGAUGCCAAUCAACGAAACUUUGAAGAUUGAACAAGUUGAAACGGCAAUUUGAAUUUAAAGACUAGCAACAAUAUUGGUGACUAUAUAAAUGGCAAGUUUGUGUAAGCUUGGACGUAGAUUAAGCUAGAACAAACAAGCACUAGUGAGGGUGAUACUCCAAUCAUGAUGACAGACAUUCAAUCUGGUUUGAUCAAAUACAACAAAAUCAAACUUGUGUUAAAAGUUUGUAAGAGCAUGCGUACAUACAAGACUACGGAGAGAGGUAGAAAGAGCAGACACUGAAAUCUAAAUACACUGUUUUUACAUUUUCAUAAUAAUGGUGAUAUCUUUUAAUAUAUUCAAUUAAUCUGACUCUAUAAAACAAAAUGAAGCAAUUAGUGUGAUAUUUAUGAUAGCGACUACAGAAAAUGAUAUAUUUAUAGUAAUAUUUUAGAGGGUCGUGUCUGUGUAUUCUAUUUAUUAUAAAUAAGAUAUAAAAAAAAAUAUUGACGUUGUGGUACUCAAUUAACCAAACACUAUCAAAGUUACUUUCAUUUUCAUUGGUUAGGACUAUUGAAGUACAACGGAUCUCAUUAAUAUGGGCCCUACUUACUCAGGACUGGAAUGCCAUAACUAGAUUUUAAAAAAAAACUCCAGUGUUGCUACGAGUGCAGUGCGAGCUGUUUGAUUUAUGUGAAUCGCAAAGUCAAAAUAUACGUUUCAUUUGUGGAUAAUGGACGGUAUAUGAUUAAAAUGUGUGUGCGAGAGAGAAACGGAGCGACCGAGAUUAUUACAAUUAAUAAAUUUAUUUCUAUUCUUUGUUAAAUUUCAUUUAAAUUACAUCGUGUAUAUUAUAUACCAUAUGUUUUCAUAUUGUAGUCGAUGAUAAGUGCUAUGACGUUUUCUGUGAUUUUUUUUCUUUGUAACUUGACAGAAUCUUUUCUAUAUUAUAAAGAUGUCAGCACAUUUUUGGGACUAAUUAUCGAUGUAAGAUUAAAAAUUAAUGUCCUUUUG